AUGGCCUCCCGAACCUUCUCCAGGGCUAUCCGCUCCCAAUUGACUCGCCAGUUGGCCUCGCCCGCCGUCCAGCAGCGAACCCUCGCUGCCGCCGGCCGGAGCUUGGCUCGCCAGGCUCGCCCUGCCAUGGUCGGCCCUGCCCAGCAGCAGGUCCGCGGUGUCAAGACGAUGGACUUUGCCGGCUCGAAGGAAGACGUCUAUGAGCGUGCCGAUUGGCCCCAGGAGAAGCUUCUUGACUACUUCAAGAACGACACUCUUGCCCUCAUCGGCUACGGUUCGCAGGGUCACGGCCAGGGUCUCAACCUCCGUGACAACGGCCUUAACGUCAUUAUCGGUGUCCGAAAGGAUGGAAAGUCCUGGAAGGAUGCCAUCCAGGAUGGCUGGGUCCCCGGCAAGAACCUCUUCGAGGUUGAUGAGGCCAUCUCCCGCGGCUCCAUCAUCAUGAACCUCCUGAGCGAUGCUGCUCAGUCUGAGACCUGGCCCCACAUCAAGCCCCAGAUCACCAAGGGCAAGACCCUCUACUUCUCUCACGGUUUCUCUCCCGUCUUCAAGGAGCGCACCAACGUCGAGGUCCCUACCGACGUCGAUGUCAUCCUCGUUGCCCCCAAGGGUUCCGGCCGCACCGUCCGCUCUCUCUUCCGUGAGGGCCGCGGUAUCAACUCGUCUUUCGCCGUCUUCCAGGACGUGACCGGCAAGGCUGAGGAGAGGGCCAUCGCUCUCGGUGUCGCCAUUGGCAGCGGUUACCUCUACAAGACCACCUUUGAGAAGGAGGUCUACUCUGACCUCUACGGUGAGCGUGGCUGCCUCAUGGGCGGUAUCCAUGGUAUGUUCCUCGCCCAGUACGAGGUCCUCCGCGAGCGCGGCCACAGCCCCAGCGAGGCCUUCAACGAGACCGUCGAGGAGGCCACCCAGAGCUUGUACCCCCUCAUCGGUGCCAACGGCAUGGACUGGAUGGACGGCACCGAGACCCAGAGGUCUCUCGACUACAACGGCCAGAAGGACUACAGGCAGAAGUUCGAGGCCGAGAUGGAGGAGAUCCGCAACAUGGAGAUCUGGAGGGCGGGCAAGGCCGUCAGGUCUCUCCGUCCCGAGAACCAGAACCGUACCUUGGACGAGUUUGCCUCGCGGCAGCAAACCGAAGCCGAGCUCCAGGGCACCCCCUGGGAAGGCCAAGGGCCGGGCGUCCGACCCACGGCGUGGGUGGGGGCGGGCGGGCGGCAGCGAGGGGUGGCGACGCACAGCUCGGGGAACCACGCGCAGGCGCUGGCGCUGGCGGCGAGGGAGAACGGGAUCCCCGCGCACGUGGUGAUGCCGUCGGUGUCGAACCCGACCAAGGUGGCGGCCACGGCGGGGUACGGGGCGGUGCUGUACGAGAGCGGGAGCGCGGCGCCGGAGAGGCAAAAGAUGCUGGAUUCGGUGGUGGGGCGGACGGGGGCGACGUUUGUGCCGCCGUAUGAUCACCCUGAUAUCAUUCUUGGGCAAGGAACUGCCGGGCUUGAACUACAGGAGCAGGCCGCCGAACUCAUUGCCGAGCAUGCUGCUAAAACCCCGGGCGGGAAGGCGAGGACAGGCUUGGACGCCAUCAUUACGCCUUGCGGGGGCGGAGGUCUCUUGUCGGGGACAGCUCUUUCCUGCGAAGGCACAGGCAUCUCCGUGUUCGCCGGCGAACCCUCCCACCAGGGAGCCGACGACCUCGUGCGCGCGAUCCGGGCCAACCUCGACGGCCCCAUCUCCGACGUGCGCACCCUCACGAUCGCCGACGGCCUGCGCACCCCCGUGGGCCUCAUCCCGUGGUCUAUUAUCCGCGGGGACCGCCGUCUCGUGCGCGACGCGUUCGCCGUGUCCGAGCGGGACAUUUCGAGGGCGCUGCGCUUCGUGCUGGAGAGGCUCAAGGUGGUGGUGGAGCCCAGCGCCGUGGUGCCGCUCGCCGUCGUCCUCUUCAACGAGGACUUUCGGAAGCUCGUGGAGGAGGAGGGUGGGGAGGAUGGGUGGGACGUUGGCGUUAUUUUUACGGGGAACUUGAGUUUGGAUGCGCUGCCGGAAUUGCUAAAGAUUGGGGAUGAAAAGGCGUAG